AUGUCUCUCUCGUUCUUCGGUGCCCUCUUCGGGUACUGGACCAUUUUGAAACAUACGUCGCUGUUUGCAGGUGCUUUCGCUGCUUCCUUCACAAACGCCCAAGCGCCGUUGAUGAAUACACCUCACGCACUGAAUCCCAAUCUCACCAACACCAUUGGGAGAGAUAUAAUCACGCUCUAUUAUAAUGGUUCCGGAUCGGUUCCUGGAUAUGACGAACAAUCUCCUCUUCCGCAACCAAUAACCCCACUGCCAAGGGAACUGAUCGAGGACUCGUUACUCUUACAAUUGGUCUCCAUCGCAGAUACAGCUUUCUACCCUGACAACUGCUCGAAGUGCCUCGCUGCAAGCCAACUGCUCCACGUUGCAGCCAUCAGUCAGCCGGUGUCUCUAUUCACCAACGUCUUGAUCAGAGCAUGUAACACGUUGCCGUUUGUCAGAGACAAUAUCCGAGCCAAGUCAUGCGAGGCAGAGUUUGGUGGAGUUGCAUCGUUCGGCCCAUAUUUGGUCCAAAUGUUUGCGAAAAUGAAUCUCGGUACAGGAGACAUGCAUUAUCUAUGCUCUCACUUACAGCCGUUCUGCGAUCCACUGCCGCCUGUCCUGAUCGACGAGAGUCUCUAUUUCGAGCCGAAACCAGAGUCUGCACAACUAGCACCUGAACCUUCCGGCCGCACCUUCAACGUCCUCCACCUUUCAGAUUGGCAUCUUGACCCUCGCUAUGACAUCGGUUCUGAGGCCAACUGUACGGAGUAUCUCUGUUGUCGUUCUUACUCCAGCAAUGAAGAGCUUCUGACAUACCGGCACAACGUCUCGCUGCCCGCCUCAAGGUUCGGUUCUUAUUUCUGUGAUUCGCCCGCCGAUCUAGCACUUUCAGCGUUCGACGACAUGGACAAUUUCUUCAACAUGGAGGAGCUCGCAUUCAGCAUCUUUACAGGAGACCUGGUGUCUCAUGACCCAGAAGACGCACUGUCGUCCGCGUACGUUGCUUACGAGGAAGAAAUGACGUUCCUAGUCUUCAAGCGGAUGCUGGGCAAGACACCUGUAUAUGCGGCCUUGGGUAAUCAUGACACUCUACCUGUGGGUUUCAACACGCAGCACAGCAUGAACCCUGACCCGACGAACUCCAGCAGCAACAUCCACCAGUGGAAUUAUGACCUUGUUUCUUCACUAUGGUCGGAGCACUCAUGGCUCAACGACUCGGAAGCAGACUUUGCCAGGACUCAUUACGGUGCAUAUGCCACAACCACGGCACAGGGACUGCGCGUCAUAUCGCUCAACUCCGACUUCUGGUACAAGGCCAACAUCUUCAAUUACUGGAACGUGACGAACCCCGAUCAGAGUGGAAUCCUCAAGUGGCUGGCAGACGAACUUUCGGCAUGCGAGAGGCGAGGUCAACGGGCUUGGAUAAUUGCUCACGUCCUAAGUGGUUAUGACGGAAGUGCACCAUUGCCAAAUCCAACCGCCCUAUUUUAUUCUAUCGUGCGUCGCUUCUCCCCAGCGACGAUCGCUGCGAUUUUCUUCGGACAUACGCAUCAAGACCAACUGCAGUUAUUCUAUGAUUACUUGCCCUCGUCGCUGCCACCGACCGAGGACAGCCGCAAGCCUUCAACACUCCGUGACACUACACAAGUCGAUUUCAAUAACCCCUUACAGGUCUCAUACAUUGGGCCCAGCAUCACGCCGCUGACUGGUCUCAACGCUGGUUACCGACUGUACCAGAUCGAUGCAAAGACAUUUUCUGUUAUGGGCUCGCAAACCUACAUCGCGAAUAUGUCGAACAGUCUGUCGUGGAAGAAACCUGUCUGGGAAUUCGAGUAUGAUACACGACAAGCGUAUGCAGAUCAUAUCGACUCUAAGACGAAAACCGGUCUCCAUGGCGCUGGGAAGGUUCUCUGGCCCUCGACGUCGCCACUGAACGCGACAUUCUGGCACAACGUGACCGAGAAGAUGCGGGCAGUGUCUGAAGUCCCCUCUAACUCAUCACCCUCGCUCCUCGACCUGUACAAUAAGUACGAAUCGAAAUCUAGCUAUGCUAAAACACGACGUGGUGCGGGCGACAUCAGCGCGGAGCAGAAAAUCUGCUUCCUGCGUGCCGGUAGUGGUUGGUUAGGACACCAAUGCAAGGAACGCUUCGGAACUGAUGCAAGAGGCGAAAGGGAGAGGAUGUUCGGACUGGUAUAG